AAGGAAGAAGAGGAAGUACUUCCGGUGUGUGUGAUACCAGUCAUUGGGCAGGUCGGGUUGAUGAGAGACUAAAUAUGUAUUCUGUACAUAUUCUGCGUAGAUUACGGCCCUUUGUCGCUUCUCAGGCGUUCACUAACAUCCACGCCGCGCGACAUUAUGUGACGUUUAGCGUAUCUUGUUCCGGAGCGGUGAGUGGGAACCAGCUGACGUCACGAGCUUUCAGAAGGAGUCUUCUUAACGUGGACAUGGUGCUGUCUCACUGUCUAUCCACCCAUCGGGUCUCCACGGUGACACACUCCGAGGAUGGGAACCUCAUAUACACUGGCAACAUGGACCGUGUUGUUCGAGGGAUAAAGCUGUUCUCUUACAGUACCACUGGAGCCAGCCUCUUCGUCAUGCCCUACAUCCUCAUGAAGACCGGACUUGGACUCCAGAGUUUUGCCAUGCAAGCUGCUUUCUGUGGAUUCAUCGGCUUCUUCACCUUCCUCACCCCCAUCCUCCUCCACCUCAUCACCAUGGGCUAUGUGAGCCGCUUGUAUCACAACCCAGACAAAGAUACCUACACUGCCAUCACAUACAGUUUCUUCCUCAGUGAAAAAAGGAGAGUGUUCCACCAGAAGCAAGUCAAGAUCCCAGCUGUCAGCAAGGUGUUCACCACCUUCUAUGCCGACCACAUGGGGCUCCUGGUAAACCCAGACCUUUUCCCCAUCCCACACGACUACAACCACCUCAUGGGUUACGAUAAGCCCUUCAGGUUCGACACAGACAGUACAAACAGGCCUAAAGAGAGCUGAAGGACUGACUUCAAACAUAUUUCAUGUGGGUGCAACAUCCACAGACUACUUGGCAAGCAGAAUAAUUUCUCAACUUGACUUCCAGAUGUUUUUUUGUCUUAUUAUAUGUCAUGUUAAUAAAUUCUAACUUCAUUAUCA